AUGGAUUGGUUUGGAAAUUACUUCUGUAAGUUUCCUGAGGAUGUUUCCUUUCUCAACACACAUGCACCUCUGUUGCUUUCACUCGUAUCAUCUGAAGAUGAACAACAUUUUAUCUCCAACUUGAGGAGCCGUGCACCAGCCCAGGCUGUGGUGAAGCAGCCUGUCCGGGGAGCCAGCGGCAGGACGGCAAUCACAGCCAUUGUCCGGACUGGUGGGAACUGGAGCACCGGCCUCUUCAGUGUCUGCAGAGAUAAGAGGACCUGUUUCUGUGGUCUCUUUUGUCCCAUGUGUCUUGAGUGUGACAUCGCCAGGCAUUAUGGAGAGUGUUUUUGUUGGCCAUUGUUACCUGGGUCCACCUUUGCACUGAGAAUUGGCACCAGAGAGAGACAUAAAAUAUGGGGCACCCUGUGUGAGGACUGGCUGGCAGUGUACUGCUGCUGGCCUUGCUCCAUCUGCCAGGUGGCCCGGGAACUCAAGGUGAGGACCUCCCAACUCUAUGAAAUCUAUACGGCCCCUUCAACCAAAGAAACUUUUAUUUGA